CGUGUGGGGACCUAGUACAAUCCUUCUACUGUAAGGUGUAAGGUCCCAUGGGAGAAGCUUUUAUCAUUGAUGUACAGCAAGAGUAGCUUGGGGACCAGUUUAACCUCUUACAAAUCUCCUGCAAACCUGCAGAGCAAUCUGCAAAAUUGAGAGAAAAAGAGCAGUGAAGUGGUUUGUUUAAGAUAGAGUAGGUCCAUAAUGUCUUGCAUGGCCAUGCAAAAUAUUGCAAAAGGAAAAGCCAUGGAAGUUGAAGAAUUCAAGAUCAAUGGUCGUGGGACUCCUCUGUGGAAUGUUCUGAGAUUUGCAGUUGUGAUGCUCAGAAAAAGAAUUGCAGUCAAAAAGCUCCAGAAAAUGACUGUAGAUCUGUAUAUGGUUAUCAGCAGAGGGAUCAAAUUUGGUGGGCUUGAGAAAUAUGAGAGUAAUGGCAGUUGUUGUAUGAAUAACAAAAAGAAGGCUGUGGGUUUCAUGGAGUAUGAGUUUUCUUGCAACAGCACUCCAAUGGUGAAAAGAAGGGCAUCUCUUUUGAGUUACAGUGGGGCAAAAAAGCAUGGUGGUCGAUGGGAUCAGCGUUUUCUGAUGGCCACCAUGCCCUGUAUUGCAAAAGAAGCAGAGUCUGUUAUAAAUUCCACCAUACCCCAAUUCAUUCAGUGUGGAGAAGAUUUUUUAGAUUCAUCUCGAAGAACAUCUUCUGCUCCUCCCUAUCUUUCAACCAGGUCUGAGUUAUCAGAGAUUGAUAGACAGGCUGAGGAAUUUAUUGCUUCGUUUUAUGAAGAGAUGAGAUUGCAGAGGCAGGAUUCGUUUUUAAAUUACAGAGAAAUGUUGAACAGGGGAUGUGAUUGAAAAAUCUUGUUAGCUUCUGUAUAUUCGUGUGGGUUUUUUGUUCAGUUGUUCGGUCAGGGCCGUUGGCUAGAUGGGAGUGGUCAAAUAAAUUGUAUGAGCACAUUUUUAGGCUCAUUCUGUUAUGUCCGGCCUUUACUGGAUUACAAACUGAUCACAUUGUGUUUUGCUGUCAGUUGCUCAAU